AUGGGACAGAGUCGAGACUACCAGCCGCUGAAUGGAGCUAAAAGGCAAACAGAGAAACGGUGUUUCUUGUGCUCGAGUACCGCACAUAACGCCGAAAAUUGCAAGCUCUCCAACGGUGGCAAGGGCGAUCAAAGAAAACCAUGUCAGAUAUGCGGAAGGCCAGGCCACCCUUCCUGGAAGUGCUGGAAGAAGGAAACAAACAAUGACCGUGCAUCAACGAAAGAAUCGGCAGCCGCCUGCAUUGAUGAGGGAUUCUUAGAGUUGAAGAACGGCGAGAGAGUCCCUGUCGUCAGUGCCGGCAUCACGGAAAAGUACACUGAAGUUACCGAGCGGCUUCCUGUGCUGACCGGCUUGGUGGGAGGCAGAGAAGUUCGCGUCCUCAGGGAUACCGGCUGCAACACGGUCAUUGUCAAAACUAGUCUGGUCAAUCACGAUGACUUUACUGGAACAAGCGCACCAGUCUACCUCCUGGACCGCUCAGUGAGGAUGCUGCGUGAGGCAUGGGUCGACGUUGAGACCCCAUUUUAUUCAGGCCGACUGAAGGCAAAAUGUAUUGAGAACCCCAUAUACGAUCUCAUCCUGGGUAACGUAGAGGGCGUACGACCGGCUGAUGACCCCGAUCUACACUGGAACCUCCAAAAGAAAUAUGAUGUUGGGAGCAAUGUGGACGCAUCCCAAGACGCCAAGGCACAGGGGCAGGAGCUGCUGACGGAUGACGGUACGGGGGAGGAGCAAAAAGGACAAGAAGUACCUCAAGCCAACCCCGCGGUUACGCGCUCACAAAGCUGUAGGGAAACCACUCGGAAGAAGUUGCGGGUACCUGAAGCUUCCCUGGACGUUAGCCGGGAAGCACUAGUCGAGGAGCAAAAAAAAGACUUGACAUUACAAGCUGGAUUCAAUCGCCUAAAUGUUGAGAAACACAGCAAGAACGGGGACCGCCACACGUUUUUCAUACAAGAGGGAUUACUCCAAAGAAGAUACGUGUCGAAGUCCGGGGAAGGGUUCUCACAAGUUGUCGUACCAGAAAAAUUUCGUGUCCCAAUAAUGCACUUGGCCCAUGAUGGCGCCAUGGGAGGACACCAAGGGGUGAAGAAAACGCUCUCGAAGGUUCGAACCGAAUUUUUCUGGCCGGGGAUGCAGGCUGACAUGAAGCGCUUCGUCGCGUCCUGUGACAUCUGUCAGCGGACUGCGCCUAAGGGACAUACCAGAAAAGUGCCCCUGGUCAAAGUACCCAUCAUUUCUACUCCCUUUGAGAAGGUGGCGAUCGACAUAGUUGGACCGCUUUUUCCCAGGUCAACCCAGGGCAACAAAUAUAUUCUCACGAUGGUCGACUAUGCCACUCGAUACCCAGAUGCUGUUGCGCUACCAAGUGUAGAAACCGAAAGGGUGGCCGAAGCGCUGGUGGAAAUGUUUUCGCGCGUAGGUGUGCCUCGCGAAGUACUCAGCGACCGGGGCACAAACUUCACUUCCGAAGUUAUGAAGGAAGUCAGCCGCCUGCUAUCUCUCAAACAGCUCCACACAACCCCGUAUCAUCCAAUGGCGAAUGGCCUGGUCGAGCGGUUUAAUGGGACGCUCAAACAGAUGAUAAAACGCAUGUGCCAGGAGAAACCGCACGACUGGGACCGUUAUCUCGCUCCACUAUUAUUUGCUUACCGCGAAGUCCCACAGGAAAGUCUCGGAUUUUCUCCAUUUGAAUUGUUGUACGGAAGGACUGUUCGAGGGCCGCUGGCGGUUCUAAGGGAGUUGUGGACAAAUACGGCUCUUUCGGAAGAGUUGAAGACCACGUACGAGUACGUCAUUUCCCUACGGGAGAAGUUAGAGCACACCUGUCGACUGGCGCACGAGGAGUUGGAGCGUGCAGGGGAGCGCUAUGGCAAGUACUACAACUUGAAGAGCCGAAAGCGUUCCUUGAAACCGGGGGAGCAAGUACUGAUCUUAUUGCCCACGGAUAACAACAAGUUGCUAAUGCAGUGGAAGGGACCCUUCCACGUUGUCAGCAAAAAGGGGGACGCCGAUUAUGAAGUCGAGGUCGGCAGCUCCUGCAAAAUUUUUCACAUAAAUAUGUUGAAGCGUUAUCAAAAGCGAAGCCCCGAAAUUGCUGGAGCUGGGGCCAUUGUCAGUUGCGAAGACCCGGAAAGUGGGGACAUCGAGCUCUUACAGCCCCAUCAAUUGCAGUCUUUCCGGGACGUGAAGAUAUCUGAUCACCUGUCAGUGCAACAAAAAGCAGAGGUCACCCAAUUACUCCAAGAGCACCAGAAGAUCUUUUCAGACCUUCCUGGAAGAACAGGGCUGACGGAAUGCAAGCUCGAACUGACCAGCGAACGACCCGUGCACGUCCGACAAUACCCAAUGCCUUUCUCAGUGAGAGGCAUUAUAGAGGAAGAGGUAGCCGAAAUGCUGAAGCUGGGUAUUGUGGAAAGAUCUGACUCACCCUUCAAUUCCCCCGUCAUCGCUGUGCGAAAACCAGAUGGAACACACAGACUGUGUAUCGACUUUCGUAGACUUAAUGAAGUCUUGGUGGACGAUGCUGAGCCAAUCCCGCGGUCUGAUGAGCUGCUUGCGGCGGUGGGCACGAAGCGGUUUUUCUCGAAGUUGGAUUUUGCCAAGGGGUACUGGCAGGUACCUCUUGCUCUUGAGGCAAGACCGAAAACAGCGUUCGCUACCGUAUCGGGGCACUACCAGUUUUGCUAUAUGCCUUUCGGGAUAAAAACUGCACCGGCCGUUUUCACUAAACUCAUGAGACGCGUCCUCUCGGACGUCCCAGACGUCGCGUACUAUUAUGAUGACGUACUAGUCGCAAGUACCACGUGGGAGGAGCACUGUCGAACCCUCAGGGAGGUAUUCAUCCGCAUCGGUAAAGCGGGGCUGACGGUAAAACCGGCAAAGUGCGAAAUAGGCAUGCAGCAGAUAUCGUUCCUUGGACAUCAGAUCGGCGCCGGGGAGCUUUCUCCGCUUUCCGGGACCUUGGAUAAGAUUCAGAGGGCACCCCGGCCAACCACGAAGCGACAGGUGCGAUCCUUCCUUGGGCUAGCGGGAUACUACCGGGAGUUCAUUAGCGAUUAUGCAACAUUGACAAGCCCAUUGUCCGACCUCACCCGAAAGGGGCUUCCUAACACUGUGAAAUGGGGCCCGGAUCAGGAGAGCGCGUUCGUUCAGCUCAAGAAAUGCCUGACAACCACACCCAUACUGAAGCUUCCAGAUUUCGAACGACAGUUUGUUCUACGGACUGACGCAUCGGAUAGGGGAAUCGGAGCGGUGCUUCUCCAAGAACACGAGCAGAUUCUCCACCCCGUGGCCUAUGCUAGUCGAAAGUUGCUACCCCGAGAGGUAGCAUACUCAACGGUCGAAAAGGAAGCUCUUGCUCUUGUCUGGGGAGUCGAGAAGUUCCAGGUUUUCUUGUACGGGAGACGUUUUCUUGUUCAGACGGAUCAUGAACCUCUAAAGUUCAUUCAGGGGGCGAAAUGUUCCAAUGGACGAGUCCUUCGUUGGAGUCUUAAGCUCCAACAAUACAGUUUCCGAGUACAACACAUAAAGGGUUCAGAGAAUGUAGGGGCUGAUUACAUGAGCCGAGUCGGCGAUGAGGAGGCCUGA